GACUGAAAUAUUAGUGUAGGGAGGUGGAGCAAGAAUCUGUAACCACAACUGUAAAAGGGAACAGUUAAUGUAGAGUGAAAACGCAACGAGAUGAACUAAUAAACAAAAGAUCCACAAGGCCCAACAUCUGCCAUCAUGAUAUUAUCAUAUGUGUAUUAUUAACACAAUAUCAAUAUUUCAUUUUUUUUAAAGAUCACAGUAAUCGUCAGUACCAGUGUAUCAUGACACCCUUACACACAUUGGGACAAAAACAUUGAUUUGGCAAAUCAGUCAGGUAUGAGAAGAGCUUGAAAAAACAGCUGUUAUACAAGGAACAAAAAAAAGAACCUUUAGUGGAAACAUGCAGCAUGUUGAAGUGGUAUAUCCUGAAAACUCAGGUAUCCACUCCACUGAGUUGCUCUUCAGGUGAUUCAUAUUUGGCUUUCAGAUUUCAUUAGCUUUAUUUCUAUUUAGAAGUUGAAUGAACAUGCUUGGGGAAAUAGUAUAAUGCCCUAGUUUCAGUUAAGAAAAUUUGUCAUUAAAAUUAUAGUUUCUCACAGUCAAUACGAAGAGGAAAUAAACAGUGGGAUAAUGUUUUCCAAUAUACUAACUUAGAGUUUUGUAAGAUUAAAACAGCAAGUGCAGAAUUAGUCUGAUUAUUGUGCAUAGAGGCAAACACCAUCAGUAAAUGACCAGUAAAUUGAUGUAAAUAUUGUACAUUAUUUUAAUGGAGGGGGUGUUGUUAAAAUUAAAAUAAGUUGUGUUAAACAAACUGCAUCAGCAUAAAGAAGCAUCAGCACAAUUUUCCACAGUGGUGCUUUGCUGGGGCUCUCAGAUAAACAAUGCAGAGCAGCAUCAAUUUAAUUUGAUGCCAUCUAGUCUCAAAACUACCUUGAUAAUUACAUUUGAACAUUAAAUUAUUUUCGUGCAGCCUCCCACUGAAAUGAAAGCUUCCUCACUGUCAGAACUUUAUAGAAUCAAAUCAAGACACAACCAAACAGAUGUUGUAUCGUCUCUAGACUUAAUCCAGUCUCUAAUCAGCCCAGGAUUACUUUUCAUUCCCAAAUUUGGGAAACAGACAUGUUAAUUUUGCCACUUGAGAUGUCAACAUGGCCAGACUGUUACAGCAUGUGAUUUUUGACUUCACAUCUUAACCAGCGAGUGUAGAGGAUGGUUCUGACGUAGAAGUUUAUAGUCCCAGAUUAUGUAAAAUAAGAAUCGAUGAAAUCAGUGAGUAAAAUCACAGCAAUAAAAUUCAUAUUUAACACUCUACAUUAAAUUCCUAUAUAAUUUUUUAUAAUACUGUCAAAACUAAAGAUCAGUGGUUCCCAACCUGUGGGAACUGUGAAGGUAUUGCAAGUAGGAAAACAAAUUAAAUUUAAUUGUUUGUAUAUAUAAUUAAAAUAGAAAUAAUGUUCUUUCUUCUUUCUUUCUUCUUUCAUUUUUUUUCUUGUAUUAAAGCCUAUCACUGUGAUAAAUCAAUGAUAGUAACCACAUCCUGUAGGCUACUUGUUUAUAUCUCAGUCAGAUAUCCAUGAUCACAUCCGUGCCAAAAACUGGAGUAUCAAAAUGGAUAGCAGCAGGAAGAAUUAAAAGUCAAGAGUCAAGAGACAGAUGGUGAAAAAAUUGAGCUUCCUGCAUGUUUCUCCUGCUUUCAGUUCAGUCCUGAAUGUUCGGUCAUUAUCAUUCAAAUAAAAAGUGCUCUGAGAAGGCAUUUAUUCGGCCCUGUAUUGUUACAGGGUCAGAUGUGGGCUGCCAACGUUUUAGAGAUUUUCAAGUGGGCCAUGAGUUGGAAAUGGUCCACUGCUAUAGGACCUUUAUAUGUACUGCAGGGUCUUACACUUAUAGAGCCUAUGAAAUGCAGUGUUACCACCCUUUGAAGUUUUCAUAUUUUACUGAUUUACAAUAUUGAAUCAAAGUAGUUUUAUUGUGGCUUCUUUGACUCAGACUCUUUCAUGUAAAAGUGAAAACAGAUCUCAGAGUGAUCUGCGUUCAUUAGAUACAAAAACACGGUUGGGUUUUCGCCAGCACAUUAGAAAUGUUCUUGCAGUCACCUUUUUGUGGAGAGCUGUUUUGUCUUCAUGGUGGAGAUACUGACUCACUAAUAGUUGGACCUUCCAAAUUACAUGUAUCACUGCAGUCAGGUGAAAUCUCUGUUCUACAUAGGCUACUGGUGAUCUCCAUUGAACUAUUUAUGCGACUUCUAAAACCAACUGGCUGCACCAGCUUUGACCUAAGAGGCGUGAAAACUAAUGCAAACAUGUAUUUGUAACAAACUUACUGUAUGUUUUUAUUUCCCUCUGUAAGGACUCAGUGAUGCUGAAUCAACAUCCUUGUAGAUGAUUUCUGUUUAUUUCCAAUGAUAAAAUAUAUUUAUUUUUCAAAUAUAUGGUUAUCCUGGUUUUGAAUAGCAUAAUAAUACAUUUGAAUGAUCCUAUUAUUCUAUAUUGAUAUUUCAUGUUUUCCUUUUUAUUUUGACCUUAUAAUACAGUCGUUGUGCUGUAUAGUGCAGAAACCCUUGUAUGAUAAGUGUGGUUGUUGCCACUGUUGAUUGCAUGCAGUUUCUGCAGGUGUCAGUAUGACUGUAGCCGGUAGGAGGGACUUGAUGCUCCAACUUCUCAUUUUGUCUCUCUGCUCUCCAACCAGUCGUCCUGGUCCUGCUUGGAAAGAGACGACGACAUAGCAGCACGGUAUUCAGGGGAAACACCAUGUAUCUUCAGCUGAAAAGACGACCGGAGCCUCGCAUUAUUUCGCUUUCUUAUUUUUGAUUUACGUUUUUUUUUUUCUUUUUUGUUGCGCCUUUUUCUUUCUUCUUUCCUCCUUUUCACGCAAUCUCUGACGCGCAAGGACACCACAGCAUCCAUCCACGGCAGAAACGCUCACAUAGAGCAUCCUCUGUACAGACGCACCACCAUCCUCCUCCUUCCUUCCUUCCUCCUACUCUCCUCCUCUCCUCUCUCCUGUUCUGUUCUAACACAGAGGACAUCGGGACCUCUUCUCCCCCCCGAUUUACCCGGAGACAUGGAUCUAUGGUUUCAUUCGAUCCGGAUUUGCUGGUGGAGGGUUUUGUUUCUGAUGAGUAUUUUCCAGGACUAUUUGAGCUCCAUGCUGGACUGCCCGCCGACCUGCAGCUGCUCUCAAACAGAGAUCUAUUGCAAUAAGUCCGACAGCGGCAGGUUUUUCCCUUUACUCGCCACGCAAGAUACUGGGAACAAUGGGACCAGUGUUGACAUAGCAGACUUAUUCAAAAACAUCACCUCUAUACACAUAGAGAACUGGACAGGAUUGCAGACUCUGAGAGACGUUGAUAUGGGGCUCUACACUGGACUACAGAGACUGACUAUCAUGAAUUGCAACCUGCGGGUGAUCCAGGCUCGAGCGUUCGCUCAGAACCCACACCUACGCUACAUAAACUUGUCAAAGAAUCCUCUCACCACUCUGUCAUGGCAGCUCUUCCAGCACCUCCAACUCUCCGAGCUGCGUCUGGAUGGUGUGGUGUUCGACUGUGGUUGUGAUAUCCGCUGGAUCCAGCUAUGGCAGCAGAAAGGAGAAGCUGGGCUCCACACGCAGCAGCUCUACUGCAGGAACGGCGCCUCCAAAAUACGACUGCACAACAUGUACAUCCACAACUGUGACUUACCAGAGAUCAGUGUGAGCCACAGCAGUGUGUUGGUGAUGGAGGGUGACAAUGUGACAGUGUGCUGCAAUGGAUCUGGAUCGCCACUUCCUGAAGUGGACUGGACUGUCAGCGGCCUGCACUCCAUCAACACACACCUGUCCAAUGUGUACUGGCCCAAUAUCCACUCUAUCAACCUGACUCUCUUCAACAUCAGCCGAGAUGACAACAACUUCCAGCUGACGUGCAUCGCGGAGAACGUUGUGGGGAUGACCAACUCCUCCAUCCAGCUCAACGUACAGUUUCCUCCUGUCAUCCUGAGACUGGCUGAGCCUGAGCAGCGCCUGCACACCUGCAUCGAGUUCACGGUUCGGGGUUACCCCCACCCCAAGCUGCGUUGGUUGUACAAGCAGAAGGAGAUUCUCCAGAACGACUACAUCCGAACUGAGAUGGACUUCUACCAGGACUAUCUGGAGGGGUGUCUGACCUUCCAGAACCCCACACACAUCAACAACGGCAACUACACUCUGGAGGCCAGCAACCCCUUGGGAACAGUCACCAAGACGGUGUAUGCCCACUUCCUCAUGAAACCGGGCAUCAUUGAUGAAGAAAUAAUGGAACUAGUUACUUCGACGCCAUCAGAUGGUGAAUCAGGCCGACCAGAUGAAGAUACAUUCGGGGUUUCCAUCGCUGUUGGUUUGGCGGGCUUCGCUUGCGUCCUCCUCCUCGUCCUUUUUGUUCUCAUCAACAAAUAUGGCCGGCGCUCCAAAUUCGGUAUGAAAGGUCCAGUAGCUGUGAUCAGUGGUGAGGAAGACUCUGCCAGCCCCCUUCAUCACGUCAACCAUGGGAUUAUUACCCCCUGCACUCUAGAUGCGGGUCCUGAUGCGGUUGUCAUAGGGAUGACUCGUAUUCCCGUGGUGGAGAAUCCUCAAUACUUCAGACAUGGACACAACUGCAACAAGCCAACCACCCUUGUCCAGCAUAUAAAGCGGAGAGACAUCAUCCUGAAGAGAGAGUUGGGUGAGGGAGCGUUCGGGAAAGUCUUCCUGGCAGAGUGUUACAACCUGAGCCCCACCAAGGACAAGAUGCUGGUGGCUGUCAAGACGCUGAAAGAUCCCAACCUGUCAGCGAGGAAGGACUUCCAGAGGGAGGCAGAGCUGCUGACCAACCUGCAGCACGACCACAUUGUUAAAUUCUACGGCGUGUGUGUAGACGGAGACCCACUCAUCAUGGUGUUCGAAUACAUGAAGCAUGGAGACCUCAACAAAUUCCUCAGAGCCCACGGCCCAGACGCCAUGAUCCUGGUAGACGGCCAGCCGCUGCAGUCCAACGGAGAGCUGGGUCUUUCCCAGAUGCUGCACAUCGCCACCCAGAUUGCCUCGGGCAUGGUCUACCUGGCCUCCCAGCACUUUGUCCACAGAGAUCUGGCAACCCGCAAUUGCCUGGUGGGCAAUGGCCUGCUGGUCAAGAUUGGAGACUUCGGCAUGUCCAGGGACAUCUACAGCAGCGACUACUACAGGGUUGGAGGACAUACCAUGCUACCUAUUCGCUGGAUGCCCCCCGAGAGCAUCAUGUACAGGAAAUUCUCCACGGAAAGCGACGUCUGGAGCUUUGGAGUCAUCCUGUGGGAGAUCUUUACCUAUGGGAAGCAGCCUUGGUUUCAGCUGGGUAACAAUGAGGUUAUUGAGUGCAUAACCCAGGGUCGGGUUCUGGAGAGGCCACGGAUUUGUCCUAAGGAGGUGUAUGACAUCAUGCUGGGCUGCUGGCAGAGGGAACCGCAGCAGCGACUGAACAUUAAGGACAUUCAGAAGGUUCUGUUUGCCAUGGGAAAAGCCACGCCGGUCUACCUGGACAUCCUGGGCUAGCAGCAGCCCCGGAUGGCCCAUUCCUCGCCAGACGGACAGAUCGACAGAGACAUACAGACAGACCGACCCACAUGAAUCCAGGAAUAACCAAACCAACCUGCUCCACUGUCGAAAAACAUCUACAAAUGUUUGGGAAGGACUUAAGUGCCUGCAACACUUUUGGAUAUAGUGGAUAAAACGUAUUCAAAAAACACGCACUUUUACAUUUUGUUUACUUGCGUAUAAGAUGUACAGGUUUGAAGACUUUUUUUUCCCUCGAAAAAAACUGCAAAAAUACACAAAAAUGGAGACGAAAACAGAAGUAUGUGGACUGGCAAUUGGAAAAUGGCCAUAGUUUGAUUAUAUUAUAGAGAGAACACGUCAGAGUUAAAAUCUAUCCUGGGUUUGGUUUUAUGAAUAUAUAUAGAAAUAUUACAUAUAUUUUAUAUUUAUUUCUUUUUGUCAAGGUGUUGGAGGCUCUGCCAUGUGUGUUGCUAAGGGCUCGGCCCUGUCCGAAGACAUCACCGACAAACUAUUGGCAGGGACUUAACGAAGGAAGCCUUACUUGCACUCUGAUUGGCCGGCACUCAGCUUUUAUGGGAAUUCUGCUUCUGUGGAAGAACACUGGAUGGUUGAAAAAAAAACAACAAAAAAAAAACAAAACAAAGGAGCGCUCUGGAGAGAACCUACCCAAUCAGACAACUGACAAAUCUAUUUUAAUUUAAAAAAUAAUGUACAUAUUGUAAAAUUCUAUGUGUCAAAAUUAUGUUAACUUAUUUUUUCGGAUGUUAUUUUGGUUCCUUUUCUGACUGUGAUCUGGGUGGCUAAAGUUUAAAGCUAUGGUAUUUGUUUUCAUCCUAAUCCAGAGGGGAUUUCUCUUGGGAAUUACCUGUGUCAGUGCUGGUAAGUUGUCUUAUGUGUUGAAGGUGAACGGCAGCGAAUGCAGUUUGAAAAGCCCACUGACACUGCAUCACAGACUUUGGAGAACGGGGGGACUCGGAGCCAUGGGUCAACACAACACGUUUCCAAAGAGGUGAUGAAGCCUCACAUUCACUUCCCAGUUCAUUUGCUUUUGAUGGUGAGAACAAUGUGUUGAUGAGUAAUAUCUUACGCCACAGCCCUCAGACACAUACACAUGCUUUGAGAAACUGUUCUGUCAUCUUCAGGCUUUUUGGUGUAAAACUGCUUUUCCACUCUAAAGAAAACAUUUUUGUAACUGAGAGUAUAAAUCAUUUGUUUCGCACACGAGUGUGGCUAACAUAGACAGGCUAAGGAAAUCUGUAACAUAAGGAAAUGGUUUGAUGUUCUGGGAAAAUGCACUUAUUUAUUUUCUUGCUAAGAGUUUGAUGCCACUCUCAUCAUCUGUCAGCUCAGAAUGAAGCUAAAGCCAAGAGACAAUUAGCUUAGCUGAGCAUAAAGACCUGGAACAGGAAAUCAGCUAGCUCUGCCUAAAGCAAACAAAAUCCACCCACCAAACACCUCGAAAGCUCCUGUGAAAUCAAUAUGUUUUAAUAGGUUUUUAGUAAUAUGCUUUAGUGAGCUGAAGUGAAAUCAAGGCUUCUGGGCUAAGAAAACAUCUUUCAAAUUCACAUUGACAUUUAAGAUAUGGUAAAUAUUGAAAAAGAAAAGAAAGAUCUAAUUUCAUUGUUUGUUGAAUAUUUUUUAUCUGCCAUUAACAAACAGCGUUCCCAAAAAGUCCAAUAAGACAAUAAGAGGUUCAACAAAAGAGUCCAUGGAUUGGAAAAUUAUUAUGUUUAUGUUUUAAAUUAGUUAUGUUACAGGUCACGCCUCUGAUUCCUGAACGCUGGCAGGAUAUGUAAAACACACAAAGGUUUUCUAAAUGCCAAUAUAGCAGGAUCUCUGUAUGAAAGCGGCUUUAGUUUCCUCUUGUUUCCAGUUUAUGUCCUCAGCUAAGCUAAGCAGCUGCUUGAGCUUCAUAUUUACCCUGUAGGCACGAGAGUGGUGUCGUUCUUCUCAUCUAACUCUUGACAAGAGAGCAAAUAAUUGUAUUUUCCACCAUGCUGAACGAUUGCUUUAAAGUAUUCUAGGAGGAUACCAUCAGCAUCCUGCCACUUCACAAGCCAUGAAAAGAAACGCGAUGGCUUCCUCCCUCACAGUUCCAUUUGGAAAAACAAAAUGAAAACAUUUCCUCUUUACUAUUCUGAUUUGUUUUCCAUCAACUGUACUUGACUCACAGUCACUCUUUUCUUCCUCGCACUCGUGGCCUUUGCAUGUUUAGCGCUGCCGAGGUUCUACACCAGAGAGGAGCCACUGAAACUUGUGUUCGUUCAUGGACGGUACAUCAAAAAUAAGAAUCAAGGACAUGGAUCAGCUAACUCUGUGGUAUGCGUUCCAUAUGUUUGAUAAUUACAGUAUUAAUGAACAUGAAAAACAUGAAGAGUUUUGUUCCAAAAUGUGACCAAAAAGCAUGACCCCCUGACCCCCACCCCAAAAACAGCUUAACAGCAAAAAAAAAAAAAAAAAGAAACUCAAACCAAAUGAUAUUACAAGAAUCAUUCAUGAUGAAAUGCUCAGUUGACAGAAUUAGUUUAUUUUUACGUGGGGGGGGGGGGUCCUGUAGAUUUCUGCGACAUGAAUGAAAAACCUCAGGCAACGAUUUUAUUUUAUGUUGUAUCUGGAUACGUAACGUUUUGGAGUGGAACUCUUCACAUCUUUUCCUUAUUAUCUUGACAUGAAUUCUCACAGUAUCACAGUGUUGUCUCUGUUCCCCUCGGGACUAUGUAAAUCAUUAAUGAGCAUUCGGUUAUUUCAAGUGUUUUAUAUGAAAGGCAGGAUCAAAUCCAAUGAGUUACCCAAAGCAUUCAGUUUUUGUGUAUUCUCUUGUGGUAAAGAUAAACGCUUAAAGACAUUAUGACACAGACUGUGAGCAUUUGCAGGGUAUUGUAAUCCUUUCAUGGUGAGUUGAAUAUUGUUUUAAAAAGUUUUUCUUUUUUGUUCUUUUUUCUUUUCUUGGAUGAACUAACUGAUCACUUUUUGAAGCAAAGUUGCAAAGUAUUGAAGCAAAGUAUUACCAUGUACACAUGUUACAGAAUAUAAAAAUGUGGUAUAACAACUGCAGUAUAUAAAAUACUGGUAUUCCAUGAUAGAUCUUUGUAUUAAUGUGACUCUCUUAAGAAAAUGUCUUCAAACAAUCAGACGAUCUCCUUUUCCAUUUUGUCCUGUCUUAUAAAGAUGUGUGAAUUUGACUAAA